AUGUUAUUCAGCAUAAGAAGAGCUUCUUCCUCAUCGGCGUCUGUGGUUCGUGGGGGAAUACGUAAGAUGAUAGUCAGAAAUAUUUCAAAUGGCAAUGGCGCACCUCGAAUAUCAGUCAUUCGAACAUUAGGUCAGUUGAGACGAUGGAGGAAAGAGGCCAGAGAUAAAGGAUUGGAAGUGGGAGUUGUACCUACAAUGGGAGCACUUCACGAAGGUCAUUUGAACCUCGUUCGUACUUCACUGUCCAGACAUCCAUUGACCGUAAUGACAUUAUUUGUGAAUCCUAUGCAAUUUGCACCUCAUGAAGAUCUUUCAUCAUAUCCUCGAACGUUUGAACGUGAUUUAUCGUUAUUACAAUCUAUAUUACCUCCUCUUGCGAGUCCUCGUCAAAUGCGUGGACUAGGUGUAUCGGAACACGAUUCAUUUAGAUCACCCCAGCCUUCAUCAUCUUCAUCUUCAAGUUCGAAGUCGGUAUCCUCAUCUGAAGGUGUUAAUAUAAAUAGUCCGUUGAUAAUCUUCGCUCCUACCCCAGAUGUAAUGUAUCCCCUCAAAGGGGAAUUACAAGAUUUGAAUAAUCACAAAGGUGUCGAAGUGGAUGUGAAAGGCUGGGCAGAAGUUAUGGAAGGUGCUUCGAGGCCUCAAUUCUUCAAAGGUGUAGCUACCGUCUGCACCAAAAUCUUCAACGCUGUGGAACCUGAUCAUGCGUAUUUCGGGCAAAAAGACAUACAGCAAGCACUACUAUUGAGAAUAUUGGUGAAAGACCUGCUUCUGUCACAUCCAACACCAUCAAAUUUGCAUAUACUUCCAACGACACGUUCAGAAACAGGUUUAGCAUUAUCGUCUCGUAAUGCAUAUCUUUCACCUUCUGAGCUAUACGUCUCACCAGUUUUAUACAGAUCCCUCAGUGCCGCGAGGGAAUUAUACAUGGCCGAAGGUGGAGAUAUUACAGGAGAAGAUCUGAUCUCAGCUUCAACAAGGGUUAUACUAGACGAACAAGAAAGGAUCUUAUCCACAUUUACAAAAGAGUCAGAAGGUGGUGGAACGGAAUUGCAAUUAGACUAUAUUGAGAUAUUCGAUAAAGAUACUUUUGAGCCUAUCAGAGGUCCAAUAGGGGAUAAAAGGCAAUUCGUACUUGCGGGUGCUAUUCGGGUGGGAAAAACUAGACUGAUAGAUAACCUAUUGGUGGGUUGGGAAGUUGAUUAA